AUGAUUUACCCCAAUCGUGAUUUCACGUUUGUCAGUCUUUUUUUCUUCCUCCUUGGGCUCUUUGUGAAUAAUUCAUGGGCCCGGGCUGCUCUAUUGAAUACAGAGUCGACUCUCAAUGCAGAUAAUUUCCGAUUUGAUCUGAGCUGGAGUGUUCCGAAGGAAGAUCAUGACCUAGCCUGCCGCGCCAUUGACCUUGCCUCCCGUACCGAUGGUUCAUAUUAUGCUGCGCGUGCGCAGAGGGGGAGCAACCUUGAGUGCGCGACCCAAAUGGAUAGUACUACUGCAUCGGCCAGGCUUGGUCAAGAUGUAGCAGCACAAGAUACGACAACGACCGAUAUGGAGAACGCUGGUUGGAUACUCAUUACGGACUCCGACUCGGAAAUCGCAAAUGAUCGGACGAGGAUUAGCGGCUACUUGGACGGAACUUUACUGGAUGGGUUGAGCGUGGAUUUGGCCAGUAAUGUUCCUGCAGAUUGGAAAUGGGUGGUUCGUGAAAGUGUGGUGCUCACAAAGGCUGAAUAUGACGAAGCGGUUGACAACCUCGAUGACAUGGCCGAAGCUCAGUAUAAAUGUUGGUACAACGUCGCAGGUGGCCUUAUCAUUGUGGACUAUGCAUGGGCCCCGUCGUAUAUUUACAAUGAAAACAAUGAUUACGAAUGGUGGCCUACAUCCAUCACAACAAGCACUAUCAAUGCGCUCACUGUUAGCAAGCUGUCCGAUGUGAUAUACAAUGAAUGGGCGAGCCAAGCGGGUUCGAGUGUUGAUACUUUGCAAUACGUCAUUCAGUUGAAUGUUGUGAAUGCCAAUUCGAGAAUUGUGAUGAACACGGCCAUACAGAAUCGGAAUAGUGACUGGUCGCAGCCCGAGGUCUUUAAACAGGGAUCCACAGAGUUCAACGCAUUGCUUGGAUCUCCAAAUGGCAAUCCCCAAGCGUGGCUCCUCAUCAAUCACAAGGCGGAUUUGGGUAUAAAGACAGUCCCCAGUAUUAUGUUAUGGACAAGUAGCACUAUCGUCGCAGGCGAGUCAAACACGAUUGAUGAUGAUGAUAAAGCGAAGGAGAGAAGUAUGUGCUGGGUUGAGGAAGAGGGCUACUACGGGCUGUGUCAGCAUAUGCUUUUCACUUUUGAUGAUGUGUCAUCUAGCGACGAGGACGCUAUGGACUUUUCUUAA